UGAUAUUAAAAUAAUGAACCCAGGUGCAAGCUACCUGGAACUGCUUCUAGUGUAAGGGCUCCCCUUUUAAAGGUCUCAUUCCUUACUCAAUCUGCAGCAGGGACUUGAAGCAAGAUGGUGCUCUUGGGACAAUCCCAGCACUACCGACAGGGUGGCUGUCUCGACGGGUCUCUGCAUUUGCAUGUUGGGAGUAUUUUGGGUGGGCAGAAUGACUGGUGUGUACGUGGCAGACAGCAGGGUGGUGGCUGGACGUGGGGUGGGUGCAUUUACUGCUCCUAUUUUUGUUAGGGGACUACUCAUGCAGAACCAAACCAGCAGAAAAAAAAACGUAUUUUCUUUCUGCAGACAGCCGUGGUCAUAUAUUGGCUCUGUUUAAAAACAUCUGAGUACCUUAAGAGUGUGGUUUAUUUUAUUGGUUGGUUAAUAUCUAGAUGAUACCCCUUAUCAGGUUUGACAGGUCAACUUCACGGCCUAAAUAACUGAACAGCAUCCUUUUAAUGCUGAAUUUCUGGCUUUUGUUGGUCUGUCUCAUAGCUGGGGUGUUAUCUAGCCUGUGGAAUUUGAUUUAUUUCUGUGCUGGCAUGUCCAGAAGAAUCCGUGUAAAGAAAACAAACGGCAUGUCCCCUUCACAGGAGAUCUUGGCUGCUAUUUCUCUACCCACUAAAAGCUUUAUCACUCAGCCUUGUUAUUACCAUACUAAACGGAACACUUCAGAGCUUAGCGGCUUAACAAGAUAAAAACAUGCUUUGCGGUUAAUGUGGUUACUGUAGGCAUGCACAUGGGGCCGGCGAGGAGAGCUGCUCACUUCCUGCUGGUGCAGCUGCGGAUCGGCGGAAAAUAACUUUGAUAAAGCCUAUGAAGGCAGGCAAUUCAAGAUACGUUUGAGCUUUAUCGGGGUAGCUCUCUGUACGCAGACCUAAGGUGGAGGAAAGGCCACCCUGCCAUGUAAUUUUGCAUCCAAACUAAAUUUGCUCUCCGCCAUGCUUCGUGUCUGUGUUCUUCCUCCGGUCAAGUGCUGUUGACUACAAGGGUGUUUUCCAGUUCAAAGGAACAGACUGGGAUUCCCCAGCUGACACCAUGUCUUGAAAAUAGUCCAGGAGGCUUUUUUUUUCCCUAUGAGUAAGGAGCCUUGUGUUGUCUGAAAUGUGUAACACUGCAAAUUUAGGAAAAUUCUACUCUCUGUGUCAUUUACCUUUUGGAAAUUCAUGACUUUGUGUGUGAGAUGAAGGCAGAUGUCUGGAUUCUGAGCUGCUAAAACUUGAUAACAACUUGUUUGCUGGUGUUUCCUCCUCCUGGCGUCCAGGUUUGACUCCUCGGGAUACCACCAAAACACACCCCUUCUCCUGAAACACUUCUGAAGAAGUCAUUCUGAAAAGCAGCACCUUCACCUGAGAGUGCAGCUGGCCCCUGAGUAAGCCCUCCCUCCAUCACCUGCUGGCUCCUUCCCCACCUGGCAGAGAUCUUACAUGAUGUCACAAGCAAGUUUGGACGCAUACCUGAGUGAAAGGAGGACAAAUGGGAGAACUGAAAUUUCCAUAGAUUCUUAAAAAAUUUCUCUUGAUGGAACAACUUCCUGGUCAGCUCUGCCCAGUGACCGUGUGAUGGAACUGCAGCAUCUGGAAGGUGUGCCCCAGCGACAUGGAUGCAGCUUUGCAGUCGGUGCUGCUGUGAUGUGGAUUAGACCAGGCCUCGCAAAGCCCAUGGGAUUAGUUGAAGGUCCAGGAGGCUUGGGCCAAGGAGGAAUGGCUGCUACCCUGAGAGAUGAUAGCCAUGAAUCAGAGACUAAAUAUGAAGAAUAUGGCUACAAUGCCCAACUCAGUGACAGGAUAUCUCUGGACAGGUCCAUCCCUGACUACAGACCAAAAAAGUGCAAGCAGAUGACCUACCCAGAUGACCUGCCCCAGAUCUCCGUGGUCUUUAUCUUUGUCAACGAGGCACUGUCUGUUAUCCUGCGCUCCGUGCACAGCGUUGUGAAUCACACCCCCUCGCACUUGCUUAAGGAGAUCAUUCUGGUGGAUGACAACAGUGACAAUGUUGAGCUCAAAUUUAAUCUGGACCAGUAUGUCAAUAAAAGAUACCCAGGUCUGGUGAAAAUAGUGCGCAAUAACAAGCGAGAAGGACUGAUUCGAGCCAGAAUCCAAGGCUGGAAAGCUGCAACCUCUCCUGUUGUCGGGUUCUUUGAUGCUCAUGUUGAAUUCAACAUUGGCUGGGUGGAACCCGCACUUACCCGGAUCAAAGAAGAUCGAAAGCGGAUCAUCUUACCAGCGAUUGACAACAUCAAGUACAACACUUUUGAAGUGCAGCAAUAUGCCAACGCAGCCCAUGGCUAUAACUGGGGCCUCUGGUGCAUGUACAUAAUCCCUCCACAGGACUGGCUCGAUAAAGGGGAUGAAUCAGCUCCCAUCAGGACACCAGCCAUGAUUGGGUGCUCGUUUGUAGUAGACCGAGAGUAUUUUGGUGAGAUUGGCCUACUUGACCCUGGUAUGGAGGUCUACGGAGGAGAAAACAUCGAAUUAGGCAUGAGGGUCUGGCAAUGUGGAGGAAGCAUGGAGGUGUUACCCUGUUCUCGUGUGGCACACAUCGAACGCACAAAGAAACCCUACAACAACGACAUCGAUUACUAUGCAAAGCGCAACGCCCUGCGGGCUGCUGAGGUCUGGAUGGAUGACUUCAAGUCGCAUGUUUACAUGGCGUGGAACAUCCCCAUGGCAAACCCAGGAGUUGAUUUUGGAGAUGUUUCUGAAAGAAUAGCUCUACGACAGAGACUGCAGUGCCGGAGUUUUAAGUGGUACUUGGAGAACGUCUAUCCUGAAAUGAGGGUUUAUAAUAAUACAGUCACUUAUGGAGAGGUACGUAACAGCAAAGCUAGUGGCUACUGCUUAGAUCAGGGAGCUGAAGAGGAUGACAAAGCAAUCCUUUAUCCAUGCCAUGGAAUGUCCUCUCAGCUGGUCCGCUACAGCUCAGAAGGCGUCCUGCAGCUGGGGCCGCUGGGCUCCACGGCCUUUCUGCCUGACUCCAAAUGCCUUGUCGACGACGGGAAGGGCAGGACACCGACCCUGAAGAAGUGCGAAGACGUCCUGAGGCCAGCACAGAGGUUCUGGGAUUUCACACAGAAUGGUCCAAUCAUCAGCAGAGACACUGGCCGUUGUCUAGAAGUGGAAAUGUCCAAGGAUGCAAAUUUUGGGCUCAGAUUAGUCGUGCAAAGGUGCUCGGGGCAAAAAUGGAUGAUUAGAAACUGGAUAAAACACGGCCGACAUUGACUGCUGGGGCUGAGAAGCUGCCUCUCCUGCCAUUGCCCAUUGCUCAGUGUGCCAUAUCUUGCAAGGCAUUUGUCUUAAAGCAAAACAGUUUGAACAGGACUUGGAUCUAGGGAGUCCCCCAUAGUUGGGCAUUCAAAGGAGGGGGAAAAAAAAAAAUAAGAAAAAAUAAAUAAAAGCAAACACAUACAUGCCCUAUUUGACUGUUCCUUGCUCUGGUAGAUGACCUGGGAAGCUUAAAAAGAGUUUUCUGUUGAUUUGGAAAUCUUUGGAAGAGCAGAAAACCACGGAAAAGUGUUUUCCUUAAGCUCUCCUAGGAGAAUUAUUAGACAGAUGUUUCUAUGAGUUGAAAGGAGAGAUCCCAAUACUGCCUCAAAAAGACAGUUCUCCAAUGGGUAGCUUUUUAGCUUUAAGUUAUUGACUGGUGCACAACUCCUAUGGUGAAUAAUCAUGUGCCUUUUUAUUGUACUUCGUAUAAAAGGGAAAUGGAAAAAAAUCCUACCUUUUCAGCAUGUCUGGUUCAUUGUACUAAAAAGAAGACCUGUAAAUAACACUGGAAAACAUAAUAUAAUAUAUGAUACAUUUCAAGGUUGAUUGUUUAGGAGUUUCUAUUUCUAGAAGGAGACUGUUCUGCAUAUGUUUACAGGUGGUUCUCAACCUUUGAGCUGCUAAAACAGCAUUUUAGAGACCUCUUCGAUAGACACAGGUAAAUGUUGAAUAAGUAAAAUAACCACAUGCUCCAUUAUAUUGCCACAUUUUAUAUUUCUUGGCUGUAAAGGCAUCACAAUAUAGCACUUGCAUAUUUAACUCUUUUGAGGCAGCAAAUGUCCUAGUAGAUUGACGGAUUUCUAGAGGCCUUUGUUGGCCCACAAGCCCCGAGUAUAAGUGCAAGGCUCCCGUCCUGCAGUGCUGUGCCUGCAGGUGCACUUUGUCUUGCUCCAGCAAGUGUCUGGGAGCUGGGGGUGGAGAGUGCUGGAUGCUCAUUACUUCUGAAAAUAAGGUGACUUAGGUGCCCGCUGUGGAACUUAGCAACUUGAAGCUUCCAUUUUGUAACCUAUCCUGUGAAAAUGUCAAAUGUGAGCAAACACGCUUUGUGAGCACCAUCUAGACAAAUUUCCUGAACAAACCAACGAAGUAUUUUCAGUAUUUGAAAAAUAAAACCCCAGCACUAUGAGAAGAAAUUAGAGCAAGAGAGAACUAGGCAGCAUAUAUAAGUAAUGUUAUUCUGAAAUAUAGAUACUUUACUGUAGUCAACCUGGUGACAGCACCUUUGUGAACCCAAAUUUAAUAACGUUUCCAGUGGUUCAUGCAGUGUCUGUGCACAGGUAGCAGGACAAUGUCAAAACCUUAUCCAAAAGGCCAUCAGAGUUGAUGACCAGCAUCAAGGUCAGCAGGCUUUGGGUGGGGGUCCAUGGCAAACAGCUUUUCAUUGAAGAAAAUUCAGUCAUACUGAAGGAGAGACAGGGACAAUACCUUGUAUUGUUUAAUAUUUUAUAGUACUUUUAAAAAAUGUUUGGCUUUGUUUUACUGGGGCAGAAAAAUAGGUAAUUGCAGAUGCUACAGUACCAUGAAUCUUGGUGAUCUGUUUCUUGAAGAGCUUUUACCAUUCCUAUGGCAUGCUGAACAGAAUAAGAUGGAAACAAAGAUAAUUUGGGGGUUGUCCUUGGAUUUACACUACUGCCCAUUUUCAGUGCCCAGUACAAAGCGUUUGAAUGUAGCCAUGGUGGGACUGAGGGCUGGUCCUGGCACACUUCGAGCCAGAGGUCGUACACUGCAAAAAUCUUGCAAGAACCAGGCUUUCAGUCUAAGAAGGAAAGCAGAUUUUUGUGGUAGUUAAAUGGCUCUGAGAUUUACAGAAUAAUGUAAAAGAAUUAAAAAAUCCUUAAAGGUAAAAGAAUUCAAAAACCCUUAAAGGUGAGGUUGGUUUUCUCUGUGAUUGUCAGGUUUUUUUAAGACUUACUGAAACAAUUUCUUAUAUUUAAGAAAUAGAGCUGUUGGGUUCUUUUUACUUUGGUCUUUAUCUGUCUGAACCACUGCUUUGACCGUGGAAUUAACAUGGUAAAUCUGCAUGUGAGAGGGUCUUAAAUAUUCUCUCAUAAAAGGACGAAUAAUAAAAAAAGCCUUGACUAUUAUCUGUUUUAACCAAAGUCUACGGGUCUCUUUUCAUUAUUUUAUCCUUAGAAUAAUCUGAAGUCCUGCUUAAUGUUGUUUCAAAUUUUUAGUCAUGUUUCCCACAGUGCAGCAGUCCAGAUCAUCUGAAAAGUACUUAAUAUAAUUUAAUAUGCCUUGUAGUACAGGAAAUUCUGAUGAGAACAGGGUUUUCAAUGGAUGUUCUGUUUAAGAGUUUAUAGCAUUAAAUACUAGGUCCUAGGACAGAACAGUAGAAGGCAAGAAGAGUAUCGGAUCUUGCACACUGCUGUGUAUAUGUCAGGGAUAGCAAUCAUGUCUGAUCAUAGUUUUGUAAGCAUAUCAGGAGUCUGACUCCUGUAUGAAAAAAAAACAACACCUCUAUCUCCUUUGAGAACGAUAAACUAUCUUCCAAGCUGACUUUAUUCUUGGCUGGAUUAAAGUCAUUUGUUCCUCACACAAAAUUGUCCACUAGCUUUAGUGGUUUACUGGUUCUGGAGGCAUCACCUCCCAGUGGAGAGCAGCAACGAGUAGGAAGAAAGAGUUUAAUAAAUAAACAAAUAAAUAAGUAAUUGAGGUAUCGAAGGACUCAGUGGAUUCCACUAGAAUUACAUAAAGAUCUAUGUUGUGCUCAUCCAUGAGGCAUGAAAACUCUUCAGGACUAUUUCACAUCCAAAAACAGUUAAACUCUGGUUCCACGGAAAUGAUUUAACACAAAAUUUUGAAGACUAAAGCAGUUCUUCAUGCAUGCUCUGAAACUGUUGAAUCAUCUCUGUCAGUUUAAUGAAUGAUUUGGGGCUUGGCAUGUUUGAAAAUCAGGCCUUCACAGUCUUUUUGAAACUAUUUACAUCUCUUUUCAUCAGCCUGGUCCUUUUUAAAAACUGUGUUUUAGUAGACGGAAAUCUCACUUGCUGUAUGACAAGGGGCAUAAUCUAUCUGACACAGGAUGGCUGAAAUUUUAAGUAUUUAAGCCAUAGCUAAUAAGGUUUAAUGAAAUAGCAUCAGCCCUAAUCUGUUCGUUAGAUCAAUUACACAGCAUGUAAUUCCUUCAGUAUCCACCAUUCAAUUGACAUGAUUCAUUUAAGAGCCAUACCAGAGCCCAUUAUGGCCUGUAAAUUCCAUUGUAAGAACUUUAAAAGUUGUGGUUCAGGGAGAGACAGAUGUAUUAUUAUUCAGUUAAGACACAAAUACCUUUGGGAUUUUAGUUAGUUAGUUUGCUUAUAUUGUGAAAACCUUGGGGAGGAAGAACAGCCCUCAAAAAUUCCUUCAACUGAAAAUUAUUCUAGCAAUGAUGUUCCAUUUUUAAGAUGGUAUUGCAAAAUAGUGGAACUGGCUAACAAGAUGCAUAGAAACCAAGACAGGAUCACAUCUUCACACAUCUAUAAAUACGGAUGCCACCAAAAUAAUAUUCUCUUGGGAAGAAAUCACAGACUUUAUACAAUUUUGUAUUCCUUCAUGAAGAAUACCCAUUGAAAAGACCACUGUUGUUUCUUUUUUUUUUUCUUUUUUUUUUUUUUCCUGGUGACAUUAGUGGACUUAGGGUGACAGCUGUGAUUAUGCAUAGUUACAAAGAUAUUCAUGAAACAAUGAUGCACUGAGUAUAUUCUCCUAGAGUUGGAGUCCGCUUACCUGAUGAACUAAGGGAAUUCAAAGAGUAAAUACUGAAAUCAUAUUGCUGGUAAUUCUCAAUGAAUUUAGCACAAAGCACAUCAAUAUUUACAUCUAGACAAAUGUAAUAAAUUAGCUUCAGAUUCUCACUUAACAGUCUCCCUAUUUUCCUCUGAUAACUGUUGAAAGUACCUUAAAAUCCUUAUGAUUACUGAUAACUGCUGAAAGUAUCUUGCAAAUCCUUAUGUCAUGUGAAGAUUUUAGCUCUGUCUCUACAAUGCCCCCAUCAUGUAUGGCAUCUGAAAGAGAUUUACAAUGACCUCUCUGAUACAUUGUAAUGGAUUUUAGAAUGGUUUCACAAAACACAUUGACUUAUUUUUAAAAAGUGUUAAAAUAUGUAAAUAAAGUUAUUGCCCUUGUGGAUUACCCUAAAUAAAAACAAUGUUUCUCUGCCCAAGAAUAUAUACUUAUAAAUUUCCCAGUGAAGCAAUACAUACCAACCUGAUUUCAAAGAACGGAAUUUCUGAAUCAAGAAUAUACUUCAAAGACUCGUAGAAGCGCUUACUACUCUUCAUAGAAUUGCAAUUUUCUAUUGGCCAUCAAAAAGUGUUGCCCAAUUUUUAAACUCUUUGUAAUAAGUUUAAUUAAAAAAAUAAUAAUGCAGUAAUUGGAAGGCGAGUUGUGACUGCAAAUAAUUUUUCGUUAUGUGGCACAUCAUGAAAUCAAUUUGUAUUUACACUUGAAAAGUUAAUAAAUUACUAUGCAUUUUA